AUGGCAGCAGUGGCGACGCACAGCGCAGUCGCGCCAGACUCUAUGGGUUUCGAGGCAGGUAGCACAGAUGGCCAGGAUGGCAUCCGGACGGUGGACGCGGUGAUGCACUACUAUGACGAUCCGGGAGACGGGUCGCCGCCCAUGCCCGUGAGGAUUGGAGCCAACACGGUCACAAAUGAGCGGCCCAUGGUCGCGGUCCCCAAGACCAUCACGGACAUCAGGGGCCGCGAGGGGGACUACAACCUCGACAACUGCGGCUUCCAGUUUAUCAAGCACGAGACGGCCACGGCCUGCCGGGAGGACGGGUACCACGACGAGGAGAUCAUCAAGACGGAGUACUUUCGCGAGUGCGAGCAGAUCCUGAAGGACGUCACCGGCGCAACGAGGGCGUUUGUCUUUGACCACAGGGUGCGCCGCGGCCCGUCCGACUGGCACAAGCUCGGCGAGAACAACGCGUCGAAGCGCGGGCCGCUGCACAGGGCACACGUCGACCAGUCGUACUUUGGCGCCGAGCUCGCCGUGAGGAGGGACUUCCCCGACGAGGCGGACGAGCUGAUGAAGAAGCGGUGGCAGAUCAUCAACGUCUGGCGCCCGAUCAAGACGAUCCGCAAGGACCCCCUGGCCGUGGCCGACAGCCGGUCCGUGCCGGACGCGGACCUCGUCGCCGCGCGCAUCAUCUACCCGCGGGAGGAGAAGGAGUCGUGGACGAUCCUGCCGGGCGGGUCGCACCGGUGGUACUACCUGCGCGAGCAGCGGCCGGACGAGGUGCUGCUCAUCAAGUGCUUCGACUCGGACGAGGCGGUGGCCCGGCGGGCGCCGCACUCGGCGUUUGUGGACCCGGCGCACGAGGGGGACGAGCCGCGGGAGAGCAUCGAGGCGCGGGCGCUGGUGUUUCACGGGUGA